UAGGCUAGACCUUAUGUUCGAAGUCAGUUGAGAAAGGAUUAUUGAUAAACUGAUGAAGUUUUGUUGGGUUAAGACAAAUUAGUGGAUUUGUUAAUGAUUAAUUAAAUGUAGGAUUUAUCUGAAGCAUGUAUUGGUAUUCUGCAGUGAGCAGACAUUUUUUAUUAGAGAUUGAUUUAAAUAAUUGACAUGCGAAGGAUUGAUGAAGAUUGAGAUGUAAUGAUGGUUAUAUAAAGGUGGUCAGAUGUUUUAUUUUCUGAGUUAAAAAUCUCAAAUUGUGGAAGAUUUAUUAUUAUUCAACAACAAAUUGUUUUACAAAGACAGAUGGUCUUUCUCAUUAAAAAUGGAUUUAUUUUUCAUAGAUAAGUACACGUAAUAAUCCUGCCAAUAUUUUAAUGUAAACUUUCAGUGUACUGUAUGAUUGACUGCAGAAAUCGUAGAAAAUAUUUUGGAAUUCGUUGUUUCAGUUGAAAAAUUCAAUUAAUUAUUAAGUGUAACAUUAUUUGUAUGAUUCUGCCAGAGUGGAGGCCUUUUUACAUAGAAAAACAUAUCUGGCGUGAUUGAAAGCUGACUUCCUAUAGAUAUACAAACUGCCAAGGCAUCACAGAAAUCAUAUAAGUUUACAUCACUGGCUCUGUACAGGUGGUUAUAGUUGUCCAAUAGUAGGUGUUUAUCUGUACAACAUAUGUGGUAGAAGUAAUGAAAAACAAUAACAAUUUACUCUUUUUGUGGAUGAGUACAUUCCCUUAUCCACAAGCACUCUAUGGAUAUUCUUGUUGAUAUAGUGGGUUUCAUUCUAAAAGCAGAUUUUCACAGGAUUAUGUUUUGAUUGCUUCCUAAUUAUAAAAUAAGGAUUAUUGAGUUUCUGGAAUUCAUUGCACGUAUAAACAAUGAUGCAAUGCUUUGAUUGAAAUCAGGGGGUUCAUGCAAAAAAAGUUUGUGGCUGUUCAGUUUACAAAGAAAGAAUUAACUGGUGUAAAGCAUGGCUACAGGCCAUUACAUUGACAGUGAAACAAACAUUUAGAUAUUGUUUAUGACCAGUUCUGAAUUACCAUGUUAAUUACAAUUCCAUUCUUCCAUGUGCUGUGAAAAUUAGACAAGGAUUUACCAUGGACCGUUACUAUGAGUGGAACCAUUAUGUAUCUCUUGUCAGACUCAGGUGUCACUCACCUUCAAACAAAUGGGAGUGGGUGGAGAUCAUCGAACCCCGUACAAAGGAACAUAUGUAUGCUAACCUCACCACUGGAGAAUGUGUAUGGGACCCCCCUCCUGGAGUGAAAAUUAAGAAGACAGAUAACAACCAGUGGUGGGAAUUGUUUGAUCCAAAUACAUCCAGAUUUUAUUACUACAAUGCUUCAAGUCAGAAGACUGUAUGGCACAGACCUACUAACUGUGAUAUUAUACCCCUAGCCAAGUUACAGACCUUGAAACAGAACACAGAAGUUAGGAAUGAGGAUUUGGACAGAUUAUCCUCCAAACGAGAAAUAUCUACACAAACUCCAGUGGCACAAACAAGACGAGAACAUCCCAAGAAUAUACGAACUGGUUCCAUCAAAAGUGGAGGAGCACCACAAACAAGUCCCAAUGUCUCACGCAAGCAAAGAUUUUCCCGACAGGAUUCCAAUUCGUCUCAAAGUAGUUCUAGUCGACAUGAUAGCUUUAAGGAGGUAAAUGGUGAGAAUGUCAGAAGACGCAGCAGUCAGUCAUCUCAAUCAACUCAAGCAGGGUAUUCAUCAUCCAGUCCACCGGUGCCCUCGUCAGUACUGAGACGGGAAUCAUCCACAGACAUGUCUCCACGAGGAUACGAUUCUCCAAGGUCAGGUCGUGCUCACUCAAUGCAACGAUCUGUUUCAGAAGUUACACCCAGUGCACUUCCUGUUAGAUCAAAUAGCUACCGUUUUACAAAUUAUGGUCGAGAUGAUUCGCAACCACAUUACGCAAAGAUCCGUGCACAUGAUGACUCUGACUUAUCAUAUUCAAACAGAUCUAAACGUCAUGGAAGUGACUACGGAAGCCGUUCAGACUCUUACAGUUCACCUAAUCCUGAGAUGUAUAGCUCAGCCUUCGGUUAUUCUACAAACCAAAACAGUGUUCCCCAAGAAUUACAUGAUAGGUUAUAUAGUCCAGUCUUAACUACAAAUAAAGACCAAGAAUGUAUAGCAUUCAGUCAAGACAUAGUGGCACAACAAGGACAUGCAAGUCCUAUUCCACAAAAACAGAAACUAAGAUCAUUUCCACGUACUAAUCCAUCUUUUGUAGGUGUUCCAAAACGUAAUGGAAGUACAACCUACAAAAGAUUAAAUGUAGAACAACAGCCUGUGUCAUAUGAACCUACCUCUGUUCCUGACCCAGGGACAUUUGGAACGUCAGACAUUGUAAUAGCACCGGGGGAUUAUGUUGGAGGACAUUAUUAUCAUCCACAUGAGAGAUCUGACAGUGAUACUUCACAUUCAUCAACUAGGGCAGUGCGACAUGAGCGAGCGGACAGUCAGACUUCAUUCUCAUCUCGUAAUAGGGAUUUAUCAGACUCACAAUCGUCACAAGGAUCAUUGCGAGAUAUGCAUUCUUCCCAUGGGUCUUUGCGUCUGCAACAAUUACAGAGUGAAAUGAAAGGAUUUAACGAUAGUAUUUCAUCUAGAGGUUCACAUAAAAGUGCUGGUGACAUUGACAUUGUUCAUGUGAAAAGUGGCAGUCAAUUGUCACAUGACUCAAGAGUUUCGGAUGAUUCGGAACCUGAUUAUGCAAAUGUACCAACACAAAGUGAACGGACGCCUAGUUUUCCUACAAACUUAAAUGACGCAACAAAUUUUAAAGAGGUAUUAAAAGACAACCAAAAUAUUGUAAAUUAUCCGGAAGACUUUCAGCCGAACACUAACAGGCAUUCAAGGGAAAAAGUGAUAUUAAACUACCCACAUGACUUUCAGAUUGAUCCUAGUAUGUUAAAUGAACAGUAUGGUCACUUGAUGAAUAGAGGUCAUAGGUCAGCUCCAGUUUUUGAGAAUUUCCCUGGAGAAGUUGAACUGAACCAAAGUUUUGAGGAUGUUGAGGAUGCUAGUAACAUGUAUUCUGUCAACGAUUCACCGCCAGGAUUCGAUCUAUCCCAUCAUACAUCAUUAAAAAGGAAGAAGCCAGAAAAAGGCGAUUCCCUAACAGGAAGUCCAGCCAUGGAGAAAAGUCAUUCAAUGCAAGCUGAUAUGAUGCAACAAAGACCGGCUUCAAUGGUUGUCCCAUAUCAGACAGAAACUAAUGUAUCAAUAAGUCCCAGUAUAGGAUCUCUAAACAGACAGAAUCGUGCAGGAACAGCACCACCUAUUAGAUCUGCAAGUCCCUUGUCACAGAAACAGAAACUUCAUUCAGAAACAGACAUAGAGAACUAUAUGAACAGACAUAAAAAGGGACUGUUCGGAAAGAAAAUCUCAUACGAAGCCAUGCUGGUUUGGCAAAAGGAUCUGAUACAAAAGCCUAUACUUAGGACAGAAGAUAAAGGAGUCAAGAAAGAUGCCUGUGAAGUAUUUAGACUGAUACAAGUGUAUAUGGCUGAUAGAAAGGGCAAGGGGACACAAAUCAGUAAUGCCCAGGAAAUUAUCAUCAAAGGCUGGCACUGUGUUGCACUCAGGGAUGAAAUCUAUAUGCAACUCUGUAAACAAACAACAGACAAUCCUAAAUUAGAAAGUUUGCAGAAAGGCUGGGAAUUAAUGGCAGUUUGUUUAAACUUUUUUCCUCCAACUGUAAAAUUUAAAACUUAUUUAGAGGGUUAUAUUUCACGAUACAUGGAUACCGAUGACGAUCUCCCCGAUCUGAUUGUAAGUCAGGCUGAUGGAAUGCUGAUACCAAUCAGUCAUUUUGCAAAACAAUGUAAUAAACGUUUAGAGAAAAUGGUACAAAGUGGACCAAAGAAAGGACAAAGGAAGCCUAACAUUGAUGAAAUAGAACAAGCUAAGAAAUCAAUAUUUAAUCCAUCUAUGUUUGGAAGUACCUUAGAAGAAAUUCUAGCCCUGCAAUGUGAAAGAUUUCCAGACAGAAAGUUACCAUGGUUACAGACAACACUGUCAGAGGAAGUUUUGAGGUUAAAUGGUGCUCAAACUGAAGGAAUAUUUAGAGUUCCAGGUGAUAUUGAUGAAGUUAAUGCAUUAAAGAUUAAAUGUGAUCAAUGGAUAAUCCCCUCAGACUGUCCUGAUCCACACAUUCCUGCUUCCUUAUUAAAACUAUGGUACAGAGAACUUCAGGAGCCAUUAAUUCCUCCAGAAUUCUAUGAAGAAUGUAUAGAAAACUUUCAGAAUCCAGAAGAAGCUAUAGAAGUUGUUAAUAAACUUCCAGAUAUAAAUAGAUUAGUGCUAGCAUACCUUAUACGAUUUCUACAGGUAUUUGCUGCUGAAGACAAUUCAAAAGUAACGAAAAUGGACGUUAAUAAUUUAGCUAUGGUCAUGGCACCAAAUUGUUUACGAUGUGAAAGUUUAGAACCACAAGUGAUAUUUGAGAACACAAGAAAGGAAAUGGGUUUUAUCAGAACAUUAAUCCAAAAUUUAGACACAAGCUUUAUGGAGGGGAUUGUGUAAUAAUUAAACACUGAAGAAACAUGUUCAUUGUGUGAAAAAUUCCUGGGGAUGAGCGUCUGCAUGUACCAAGGGGUUUAGCUAACAAUGGUUAAGCAACCUCUACCCUUUUUGUUAGAGACGAGUAUAUUAUAGAUACUGUAAAAUGAUCUAUGGCAAAAAGGGAAUUACACAUAUAAUUAUUUCGUGAUAAAGACAAAUUCCUCAAAGAAUGUGAAAAUUCUAACUGAAUAUUUUCCACAACAAAUUGCAUCAAUUUGAUAAUUAUGGCAAUAGUGCUUCUUUCUGUAAUAUUUAGUUGCCUUGUCAAUUAAUUUAUUCUUUAAAAAGUAAUGCAAAAUUACCAUUAAUUGUAACAAAAAGUGUUUAAUGCUAAAUAAUAUAUUCUUCCAUAUGCUGUAAUAAAUGGAGAAAACAAAACUUUUUUGAAACACAAAUACUGCAAGAGAGUGAGACUUUGAUACUUAUUCUGUCUUCACACUUGGCCACAUGGAGACUUUGAUACUUAUUCUGUCUUCACAUUUGGCCACAUGCCUUUUAGCCUAGGCUCAAAUCCCAAUGAGCCUGUAAGAUUUAACUAUUGCAAGCUAAUAGAAUCCAUACAAAAAUUUCCAAAUAAUGAGCAUCAGGCCUGUGGCUGCAAAAAAAAUAUUGUGCAUGUGUAUUGUCAGAUCAUUGUCACACAUCUGCUUUGUAAGGUUUAUGAAUUUUAUAUGUAAAUUAAUCUUCUACAAAUCAUGUAUAAAUGCUGUUUAUUUUAUGUCUGUAAGAUAUGUACAUACAAUGGUAGAUUAGUAUUUUGUCAAUUUUCUGAUCACCACAAAUAUAAGUAUUUUUGUUGUAUAUGUCCUAUUUCAUAAUUUAAGGAAUAUUUUGUUAUUUGUAUACCAUAUCAUUCACAAGUAAACAGCUACAAAUGAUGCAUUGCUAUAUUUAUUUGCAUGAAGCUGAAUGUCUAAAUGUAAUAAAUAGAUUUUUGUGUGAGUUUGAAAUAAAAGGCAUCCAGUUUUAAUUAGAUCUGAAUAUUUUUUCCAAUCAUCAAUAGUACAAAUAUUGUUUCAUUAUACAUUAGUUUAAUCAUCUUUGUGGACAUCACCUUGUACUUGUUUUAUUCAGCUCCAAUAAAAAGAAAUUGUCACAAUGCAAAGCUUUUGUUACAUCUAUAUAGAAAAAACUUAAGAAUGAGAUCUCCAUCCUUAUGUAUGCCUCGGCCAUUCUAUACAUGGGAAACUUGAUAAGAAUAAAUAGGGCAAUAUUUAAACUUGCUAUGAAAGGGAAAGUGAGCAAAAAGUAAAAUUGAAAUCUUUCUAUUGAUGACAUUUAAGAAAGUAAGAUUUUUGAAGCCACCAUCAUAAAGUAAGAGUUUAUCAAAGUACAAUGUUUAGUUUCAUCCAGAAUAAGAGUCUCAUUAUAAAACAUAAAAAGUCAAUUCUACCAGAUUUUACAUCUUUCGUCUCUGUCUCAAUGUCAAAACUAUUUUCUUUCUGAUAGAUUUUUGUUUAUACUUCUGGACAGCAAUAUUAUAUGGUGCUUACUCACAUGUUAAUGUCAGGUCAGUGUUGUUUUUGUUUUGUUAAUGUGUCAACAAUUGCAUUUAGUUUUUGUUAAGAAAAGGGCAUUGGUGACAUGGAAAUAGGUAAAAAGGGGAGGUAAUUAAUUGUUUGACCUAUUUAAAAUUGGCCAGUGAAUUUUAUUCUGAAAUAAGCAACUUGAUUGUUCUUCUAGAAUUGAAGUAUUUUAAAACCUUCCUUAGAUAAUUUUCUGAAUAUGAAGAUACAAAUAAAAUAGAUUAUAUGUAUACACAAUAAAUCCUUUCAUCCCAUAUAUUAGUUAAAUUGGUCCAAUAUGGGCCUGAAACAUUAAAAGAUUUAAAUAUAUAUGUAUGAAAGAUGUACAAUUAUUUUGUGUGUUAUAUAUUUAUGUACAUAGCACAGUGUAAUAUAGACAAAGGAAAUCUCUUAUAAUGUAAACCUGUUAUAAUUUGGACAGCUACUGUCUUGUUUUAGUAUUUUAUGUUUAUUAUGACUGUGAUCAGGAGGAAUUACCUCCCUUUAAUAACUUACAGAUGUAUUUAUGCUUUAUGGCUUUAUUAGAAUAGUCCUAAAAGUUCAGGGUCACUGAAUAGUCCUUGUAGUUUUGGGUCACUGAAUAGUCCUUGAAGUUCAAGGUCACUGAUUUUACAUCAAGCAUUUGUCUUCAGAGAAUCAAUUCAAUUGUAUCCCCUGUGAUAAAGUAGCAGACGCAGGAUUGGGGCAUACUGUUGUCAGCAGCAGCAACAGUUGUGGAAGUUUCACACAUAUAUCUUUGACAAGUUAUUACUGAUUAUGAUGUGUAGGGUUAUAAAAAUUUACUUGUAGCUACAUCAAGAAAUGUAUAUUUGAAAAAAUUAAGAAUUAAAUUUAUUCAGAACAAUUUUUUUUUUUACUUAAGAACAAUUAAACCAGCAUAAUCAAAUUAGUUUCAAUAUUUUAAAAAAUUGAAUUAAAAAGAAAUGAUGUUUUUCACAGUCAAAAGACAUUGUCAUACCCUGAACUUGAAGGUCUUGUUGCUUUGCAGCUUUAAUCAAAAUGUGCGGGUAUAAUUCACAUUAACUUUGAAAUUUAUAUUUAUCCUACUGCUACAAACAGGUUAAUAAUUUCAAUUUAAACAUCACAGACAUUCUAUUCGAGAAGAUUUUGUGAUUUUUGAAUAAUUUUUGCUGAUAUUCUAUCUACUAUUGUAUGCUUUUAAAAAAAACCAGUUUUGUUCAACUAAACUGAUAGUUUAUUUACAAAUUAUUGAGAAAUUGAUCAGUAUUAAAUGCAUGACAUCUUGUAUACAUGGAAUGUAAGAAUGUAUGGUUUUAAAUCCUUAAAAAAGAGAACAUUCCAAACUGUUACACUAAGAAAAUAAACACCAAUUAUAUUACACCAAAUAUAAAUUACAUAUUUAUAAUCGGAAAAAAUGACAGGAACCUAUCAUGUAUUGAAAUCAGUUUAAAGGUUGAGUUUUGUUUAGUUGUAAAAUUAAUCAAAUAUUAGUAUGUAUUCCUUACAUCAUGUUUUCAUUUUUACUAGUUUUGCAAUUUUCAUAAAUCUUUUAAAAUGAUGCAAUAAAAAAAUGAAUACAACAAAACUAGUACUAAAAAACCUGGUUUGACUGUAAGAACGUAUGUUUUUUUAGAUGACAGGUAUUCUAUUUACCUGAUGAAUUGAAAAUAUUUUUUGAUAAAAAAAAAGCAGUAUUUACCAUCAACUUCACAACAUUUCAACAGCGUCAGAAGAUUUCAUAUACAUUUUUAUUGACUAUAAGUCUUCCCUUGAACACAGUAAAAGAACUAAUUUUCAAGGUCAAACAGUUUUUUCAAGAACUUUAAGUAAUUAAGUAUAUACAGUCUAUAGUACUAUGACCAAUGUCUAGUUGACAUAUCAGGAUUAUGUGUAUUAAGUGUAGUAGCUAUAUUUGUUUUGUGAAUGUAUGUAAUUGUUAAGAAGAACAAAGAAAUUUUUAUUUACAAGAAAUCUUACAUAUUCUUAUUGAGCCUAUGAUAUUAAAUAAACAAAUACAAUUUUA